UGGCAAUAUGAGUGUCUCCUUUUUUAUGAACGGUUAACAAAGAAGCCAGACGCAUAUAUAAGUAUUUGGACAUUCAGUCCCAAGUUCUCCACUUCCUAGAGUAAUCCAAUUAUAGACACACGUCAGUUAACCAUUGACUUGCAAUAUGUCAGAAAGGGAGAAUCUUCGUCAACAAUUUGCUGAAAUUCGCCGCCGCGAAACGGGCCAAAGUACCAAAAGUGGCAAGGUCACCAAUCCUAACGAGCAAGAGCAAGACAUGACAGAAGCAGGACCGAUCUCGCAAGGCAUAGAAAUGAUAUCAAAAACUAGGUCAGAAGCUAUGGAGCACGAUCCCGAGGUCGAGCCAGAUGGAGUAGAUGAUGCGAGCAAGAGAAGUGGAGAAGCGAUGAGCCUGUCGUUGACGGUAGCUCAAACAGAGCAGCAAAACAACAUUAAUGAUUUGGAGAAUAUCAGGAAGAGAAUCAGACUGUGGGCAGUCACACGAGGUUGGUCUCCAAUUAUUCCAGUGCACCAGAAGCUAAUAAGACAGGCGCGGGCGCGUCCUAAGCCAGUACAAGUCUCACAAGAUGUUACGGCAGCAAUUGAAGCGCUGUCCUUCAAAGUAUGCAAUCAAGACGAAAUCAUCAGAAAUUUAGGUGAAGCAAGCGAUAAACAUGCCGCGGAUAAUAAAGCCCUGACAAAAAUGGUCGACGAGACAAGCGUCAAAGUCAGCAAUUCUAAAGCCAUAUCGGUGACCCAAAAUCUGCUACUAGCCCAACUGCAGGGCGAACUUAAAGUAAAUCAAGCAAAGUUCGAUGCCUUGCAGGCGUACAGUAAUAGAAAAGCUGUGGAACUGAUAAGUAAGGAUGAGACGGUUGAACAGCUUCAAAAACAACUGAGAAAUACCAAUCGAAAAUUACGGGAAUGCGAAGCCGCAAGAGUAGUGGCGCCUCCCAUGAGUCGAUCCCUUGAUGCGGCCAGGAUCCAAAGUAUCAGGCUCAAGGAUAGUGCAGCUGACAAAGAAGAGAUAAAAAAUCUGAAGUCGAAAAGCUUAGCACUUGAAAAAGAGCUGCACGAAGCGAAAGUGCAAGUCAAACAAGAAAAUUCUAAAGCAAAACAGAUAGCGAAGCAGCACGGAGAUGAGAUAGCAAAACUCAUAAAUGAUAACGAUGAUCUAGUCAUCGAAAAGGUAUUCAUGGAGACUGAGCUGAAAUCCGUGAAGGAAUCUUUUACUAUUCAACUUGAAGAAAUGGAGACACUUGUCAAGAAACUCAGACUCGAACUUAUUGAAAGCAAAGGAAACUUCCGGUCCUGGCUACGUAUCCGACCUCCGCAAGGCACUCUCAUUAAGCAGCCCAUCUCAAUUCGUGGUGGUGAUAAAGUAGAAGUCAUCGACAGAUUUGGCAACACUCGCGACUUCCAAUUCGACCGUGUCUUUGCACCUGAAGCUAACAAUGCCUCCGUUUUCCACGACCUAAGUGAAAUCUUAGAAGCUGCCCUUCAAGGUUAUGAUAUUACCGUCCUUGCAUAUGGACAAACUGGCUCUGGAAAAACAUACACUAUGAGUGCAAUGCUCGAUAUGGCUUUAGAAAAAAUUUUCACUCAACUCGGCAAAUCCUACGGGACAGACUAUAGUGUCAAGGGCCGCUGUAUUGAAGUAUAUGAACAUAAGGUAUACGACCUCUUCAAGCCAGUACGAGAACCACAAAAGGUCUCAAGCGAGUGCGGUGGUAUGUGGCCCGUCCGUGAACAAGUAUUGCCAGUACAAACGACUGUUCUUGACAAUCUUGAAUCCAUUCAAGCAAUGAUUAAGGAUGUGAAUAAGAAUCGUACAUCAGGUCAAACUGAGAAAAAUGACACUUCAUCACGUUCUCACAUGUUCUUGUCCUUCCAGAUAAAAGCAUCAAAGACAGAACCAUCUGGUGCCAUCACAACGACACGCUCCGGCAUUACAUUCAUUGAUCUUGCAGGUUCCGAGUCUUUGAAAAAUGUCACUGGUCGACAGACAGAAACACAAGCUAUCAACUCCGAGCUUUCAGCCUUGAAAAGCGUGCUAAUUGCCAUGGGCAACAACGCAGCACGCAUUCCAUUCCGAGACACACAGCUCACCAGACUGCUUCAAGACGGCUUCACUGGCGGUAAAGUGCUUUUUAUCCAAGCAGCUAGCCUUGGUGAGCUGGAGGAAUCCAUUCAUACGAUGGAUUUUGGUAGUUUAGUGAGCAAGAUUACGCAAAAAAGGCCGGCGAAGAAUGUUGUGACGGAGUUUGCCGCUACAGAGGGUGGGCUGGGGGAAACGACAGUGACAUCGCUGACACCCGCUGCUGGUGCUAGCACUAGAGUGGCGGCCAAGGAUGCCGCCUCUACUCGAGGUGCUCCAGCUACGAGGGGUAGUCAUGGUCCCCGAGGCAAUACUCGGGAUAGAGAACGAGGUAAAUGAAGAGCAGGCCGUUAUGAUAAGGCGUGAGUCUAAAGUAUGUAUAUUGCAACUUGAUGCGUUUGAAGUUAUAGCUUUUAUGAUUUUGAUGAAUCUUUGAUACCAAUGUUAUUUGCUUUCAUUGUUGGUAUCAUCGCUGUGAUGACAGGAUGUAGUGAUCAAU